UGCGGUGUUUUCGCUUCCUCCUAUCAUCCUCCGACUCUCACGCCUCGUCAUCUCUGGCUCUCCCGAUUCCCUUCGUGGAGAUACGCGGCUGGUCAGUAGUCGACCACCGAGAUACGCGAUUCAUCCACGUCCCUGGGGGUAACCACCGAUCAUCGACGCGUCACACACAGCUCGUGAGCGACCUCAGCUGGGAGGAUAAGACGCAGAGAAAGGAUAUAGUAGCGUAGAGAUCAAAGGACGAGAUACGAGAAGCGGAAAGAUGGAGGUGGCGUUGUUCUAGCGUCUGCAGGAUCUAUCCUGAGAACGUCGCCAGAUAGUGUAGUAUAGCGGUAGUCUAGCCGACGAAUAUACUAUAGUAUAUUCCAGUGUGACAAGGAAGCUUGGAGGGUGGUCUGUUCGGAUUGUGAUCGGAUUCUCGAAUUAAAUCGGAGGUGUUGCCGCGUGGAACAAGAACCGGUGAUAUCGACGACGGCCUGCAUCACGAGGAAAUUGUGCCCGCGUUCGAUGAAUCUGUCGCGAACCAGCCUAGUUAUGUUCUCGAUCGAGUACAGCAAGCAAUUCCUGAGCUACCGUAUACUCAAGUCGAACCGGUUCAAGUACAUCUGACGAUACGGACUCGGACUAAGUGUGAUAAAAGGGUGCGCGCUACGGCGAGAUUGUGUAUGUGAGCGUACUGUGCCGUGCUCGACUUGUCGUUGCUACGGUGCUCAGGGAAAGAACAACAGGGAGGAAGAAGGGAGGUCCAAAGGACCACGGCAAGACCUGGAAAGUCUUGUUCGCGAUUCAUCGAUGCACCGAUCGUUUCCUCGACUAGACAAAGUUUCACGGAAUCGAGGUGCUGCCCCGCCUUCGAAAUUCGUUAGUAAAACGAGCUUUUCGAAGGCGUUUCAGAAUCGCGAAAGGGGUUCAAAAGUUCACGACGAUCGUAGCGGAAUAAACGAAUUAUAAUACCCUAUGAAAUUUACACCGAACCACAUCUAUAGAAAAUAAGAAAAAAGAACACAUUUCGUACAACUGAGUUAUCGUGGAGGACACGCAUGCGUUCCUUUUCAACCUUCUCUCGAUCCGCUCGUAAAUCCCUCCUUCGUCAAGGAGAACACGUCUGAAUCGUCAGGCUAUUUUAUUUCAUCUGGGUAGAGAAACAUACAUACAGAUAUAUAUGUAUAAAGUGGCUAAUUAAAACCAGCGAGAAACCCAGGCUGCUGUAUUCAUUUGCACGUCUUUCGGUCGAAUUGGCGAGUCGUAUUUAAAUAAAAGAGAAAAGAGAGAUAAAGCAAAAAAAAAAAAGAAGUAAGAGAAAUAAAGAUGAUCGUUUACGUGCCGGGUAGAAUGCCAAGCCACGUUGGUCCGUACGGCGCCGCUCGUUACCCGGGCACCCUGCUAGGAGCAGUGCCGGGUUUUUACAGCCCGAUUUCCGGUUAUUCGACCAGCCCCAACUCCAGCUACUACGGGAGCCUCAGCCUGCAUCACCAAUCACCGCUGGACCUUCCGGUUUGGCCGCGAAGGAUGCCGGUCGAGGAGGAACUGGGAACAUCCCCGUCGGCCGCGUUGCCUGGUAUAGGGGUCUCUCCUAAUGCCUUGGCGAACGGAGGUCCUCCGAGUCCUGCGCACAGCGACUCGGAUGCCUCCAGUUCCAGCUUGGAGCUUGGCUCCAUUCGUCGCGGAGAAAACGCCCAACUGAAGUGCAGAUGGCAGAACUGCGGUCGAUGGUUCACGUCCUUGGAACAACUCGCAGGACACGUUGCCCGACUUCACGCUGCGCCUGGCCCACGUGGACUUUUUUACUGCGGCUGGGAGGGAUGCGCCAGAGGUGAACGUGGAUUUAACGCUAGAUAUAAGAUGCUGGUCCAUGUCCGAACGCACACCAACGAGAAACCACACCACUGUUUCCAAUGCGACAAGAGUUUCAGCAGAGCCGAGAACCUAAAGAUCCACGCCCGUUCCCACACAGGCGAACGUCCCUACGUUUGCCCCGUCGAAGGUUGCAACAAGGCCUACUCCAACUCCUCGGACAGGUUCAAACACACCAGAACCCACGCCGUGGACAAACCGUACUGCUGCAAGGUACCUGGAUGUCCCAAGAGGUACACCGAUCCCUCCUCUCUACGCAAACAUGUAAAAACCUACAGACACUACGUGAACAACAACGACAAGGUGGUGCAGGAGAAGAGCUUCGAGGAGAGCAACUCGCAGGAGAAGGCAAGGUUCGAUGCUACCACGCCGGAGAAACAGAGCAGCAGCAGCACUCCGUCGGAAACCUCUGACAAAAAGGACAGCAGCAUCGAGAGUAGCAUAUCUGGAUCGAGUCCGAAAGCUAGCAACAGUUUCGAGGAACAGAGGAGCUUCGUCGAGUGGAACAACAUGUACAAUCUCCAAGAACAGCGCAACGAACCGGAACAGAUUACACCUACGAGAAAGACGUACGAGCAAGAAGUGAAGAUCUAUCCGAGGAUCUACGACGAUAGUUAUAUAAUACCGGAGAGAAUCCAGGUGAAUCCUAUGUACGUUUCGAACGCUCCUAUCGUCAAGGAGAGUCCACCGGUUGCGUCGCCUCAAACCAGCCCUCGUCAUGUUCCCGAUUCGUUGCCACGUAUCGGGAUGCAAUCGACGCCCAUCAAGACCGAAGAGCCGAUCGAGUGUCCGAGCAAAGUCAGCACGGUUGACUAUAGGAACAUCGAGUCGAUCAUAAACAGCACGCCCUGCAAAAAGGAGAACACCAUGAUCUGCGAUCCGGUGAGAAAUUCUGUGAUAAAACGAGCGGAGGAUUUGAAGAUGGAGAUCGAGCAGACACCUACUAAAGAAGAGAUUUGUAAAGAUACUACCGAUUGUUGCUGUCGUCACAAGUGUUGCGUGCACAGCAACGAGAACAUCCUCGAGAAGACGAAGAUCCUCUCGGAUCUGAUCCUGAAAGCGCAGAACCCUCUAUUCAGACACCUGCUGGGCACGGUGGAUCUUCAAUACGGACUGCAGAACAUGUGGGGCAACAUCGUGGACACGAACAACACCUGUGGACAGGAUCUUCGAGUUAAGAACGAGAAUUGCGUGGAAAUGGAGCAGGAUCUUCCAUUGGAUCUUACGAUUAACAAGUGAAGAGAGAUGAAAAGGGGAUGAGAAAUUGGAGCUAGCUUGCUGGUAGAGUUGGUCGUUUCCUUCGCGAGUUCAAGGAUGCUUGUAUGUUGGGCGUGUCACCUCGAACUAC